AGCCAAUCAGACAUGUAUAUAAAGAGCUGAUAUCUCUGUUUAAACUCAUGAUACGCUCUCUUCUCAGGGAUUCACAGACCUUCCUCUUUUCGUGUCAAGAUUACGUGACUUUCAUCCCCUGAAACAUGUCUACCGAAAAAUGUUUCUCCAAAGGAAGUGCUAAACCAGGGCCUGUCCCCAACGGCCACAUCAGGCUUUACAGCAUGAGAUUCUGCCCCUUCGCCCAGAGAGCCAGAUUAGUGCUGUGUGCCAAAGGGAUCAAACAUGACAUUAUCAACAUCCACCUGAGAGACAAGCCUGAGUGGUUCCUUGAGAUAAACCCUCUUGGACUUGUCCCAACACUGGAGACAACUGCUGGUGAGGUGAUAUACGAGUCUCCCAUCACCUGUGACUACUUGGAUGAAGUUUACCCUGAGAACAAGCUGCUUCCUUCCUCUCCUUUUGGUAAAGCUCAGCAGAAGAUGAUGCUGGAGCACUUUUCCAAGAUUACACCAUACUUUUACAAGAUUCCAAUGGGGAGAAAGAAGGGCGAGGAUGUCUCAGGACUGGAAGCUGAAUUGAAUGAGAAGCUUUCCAAAUUAAAUGAGGACCUCGUCAACAAGAAGACCAAGUUCUUUGGUGGGGAUUCCAUCACAAUGAUCGACUACAUGAUGUGGCCAUGGUUUGAGAGGCUGGAGAGCUUUGAACUGAAACACUGCCUUGACGGCAAACCUGCACUGAAGAAGUGGACGGAGCUAAUGUUUGAGGACACGGCUGUCAAGGCAACAAUGCACAGUGUGGAAACCUUCAAUGCCUACUACAAGACCUUCGCGGAGGGGAAACCCAACUUUGACUAUGGCCUGUAGAAAAGAAGUGAUGAAAACCAUAAACCGUCCCAUUUAUUAUUCAUAUCCAUCUUUUGGUUAUUCUACUCUGGGGUCAUGUCUGUUUUUCUAACUUUAAUGAAAUGGGGAAAAUAUAUUGUAGCAAGUACUAUGAUGAGUUAACAAUUAAGGGGUACAGUGAAUACGUUUUUAUUGGCCAUUUAUUUUGUGAUUGAGGGAAAAAUACAAACAAUAAUGGAAAUCAGGUUCAGUGAAGUAAAUGUGAUUCAAUGUCUUUUUAAUGAUUCAGCCCUUUCUCUAAUAAAAACUGUGGAUGUAUUGACUCUUGCCUGAAUUUUCUGUCUCUGUAAUAUUAAAACAAUAACUACAUUAGGUUUUCCUGUCCAUACUACGCAGGGUUGUCUCAUUUUAUAAACGGAAGACAACUCAGCAGAAAUGUAACAGGCAAAACGAAUACUUUUUAACAAGCAAUACAAAACAUUAAACAUUG